AUGUUGAAGACAGGAGAUGUAUAUUUUUGUAAAUUAGUCAGAUCAGUAACAAUUGAUUCUAAUGUAUCUGAUCUAACUAUUACAGAAGCAGAGUCAUCAGGACUUAUUGUAUUAUCUUCAUUAUAG